ACAUGAUUUUUAUAUUUUUUAUUGCAGGUAAUAAGACAAAGAUGGAGCUAAUGACCGCUAGCCCUUCUUAUGGUGACGAUGAAUAUGACAUCAAGAUCAUGUCUCUCAUUGUUUACUGCCUGGCCUUUGUUCUCGGUGUUCUGGGGAAUGGAGUGGUCAUCUGGGUGACCGGCUUCAAGAUGAAGAAGACAGUUAACACAGUUUGGUUCCUCAACCUGGCUGUGGCCGACUUCCUCUUCACAGCGUUCCUGCCCCUGAGUGUGACCUACACAGCUAUGGAUUUCCACUGGCCUUUCGGCAAGUUCAUGUGCAAACUGAACAGCACGAUAAGCUUUCUGAACAUGUUUGCCAGCGUCUACAUCCUGGUGGUGAUCAGCGUGGACAGGUGUGUGUCUGUGGUGUGGCCCGUCUGGGCUCAGAACCACCGAAGUGUCCAGAAGGCGUCCUUUGUGAGUCUGGGCGUUUGGGUCCUGGCUCUGGUUCUCAGCGCUCCGUACCUCAUCUUCAGGGACACCGGACCAUCGUACAACAACGACGACAUCAUCAACUGCUUCAACAACUUUGCCUUUUCUGAUGACUAUGAAACACCGUCUGUCAAUCAGCUGCGACAGUUUCGUCACCAGGCCAUGACCAUCACCCGCUUCCUCCUGGGAUUUGUUGUCCCCUUCACAGUCAUUGUCUCCUGUUAUGCUGUGAUAAUCCAUCGCCUCAGAAGAAACCGCACCCUGGCCAGCCAGUCCAGUCGCCCCUUUAAGACCAUCGCCGCAGUUAUCACCACCUUCUUCCUGUGCUGGGCUCCUUAUCACAUCAUGGCGUUGGUCAAUCACAUGGCUACCCAUACAAGUGAAACAUUGGAUCAUGUCACCACUAUCGGAGUCCCCAUCGCAAACAGCCUGGCCUUUCUCAACAGCUGCCUGAAUCCACUGCUGUACGUGUUCAUGGGACAAGACUUCAAAGACAAAGUCCGCAAAUCCAUCCUGAAUGUGCUGGAGACCGCCUUCCAGGAAGAGGUUUCCCGCUCUUAUACCUACACAAACUCCAUGGUCACUAGUCGGAGCAAAGAGAAGUCAGUUUCUGAUGCCGAGUUGUAAUGUAAUUAACCAAAUGUACAAGACACAAAAUGAGGCAUUCUCUGAGGAUGAGGAUG